CGCUCAGUUAUGUUUCGAUUGCGACUUGGAACAGAUAUAAUGGGAAUUCUAGUGAAGCCGCUGCUUUUCCUAUUAAUUGUGCAAUGCAUUUUUGUUUUGACUGACUGCAAAGAGGAUGACAGCCAGACAGAUGAAGAGUAUAUAGUUACCACUACCGUCAUACUUGGCGGAGAGCCAGCGGAGCCCAAAGAAUUUGCCUUCAUGGCGCGCUUAGGCAAUCGCAAUGAGAAGAACGUCACUAACUGGUUCUGUGGCGGCACAUUGAUCAACAAUCGCGUUGUGCUGACUGCAGCGCACUGUCUUUACUCAGAAAUUGGCGCUGUUAAUGUGGUGCGGCUAGGUGAAUUAGACUUUGAUGAAAAAACUGAGGAUGCAGAUCCCGAAGAUUUUGGUGUGCAAAGUGCUACUGCGCAUCCAGGUUAUAAUCCUCCCAUCCUCUAUAACGACAUAGCUCUCAUAGAACUCGAUCGAGUCGUAACGUUGAGUGCAUACAAGCAGCCCGCUUGUUUGCCUCUUGAUAAUGGCGAUCGAGUUGAUAAGUUCAUUGCUAUUGGAUGGGGUGCAGUCGACCUGGAAGGCAGCGACUCUUCGGGACUGCUAAAAGUCGAGCUCCACAGUUAUGGCAAUGACUGUGCUACAGCUAAGGAUCUUGACGAGUUACCCAAUGGGCUUAAUGCCAGCACACAGCUCUGCAUUGGCUCUGCUGAGCGCAAGGAUACGUGUAAUGGCGACUCUGGAGGUCCUGCGUUGAGCUUUAAUUCUGAAGAUCCUUGUCUGUAUCGUAUUGUGGGCAUUACCUCAUUUAGAAUUACUUGUGGACAUCCUAAUAGCCCCACGAUUUAUACGCGCGUGCACUCUUAUUUGAAUUGGAUCAAGCACAAGCAAAAUAUUGAUUGAUAACACAAAUUUGCUGACAAUGAAUAAAACAAAAGUUGUAUUUGCAA